AUGGCUCCGAUCCUCUGUGCUCGUCCAGAGAUGGCUGAGGAGAGCUUGAAACACUUCUGUGGCUUUGGUGUGCGAAGCACACGCUUGCGUGGACGUAACCUGCGCAAAGGCAGCAGGCUCCUUUUGCCACGAUGUGAGCUCGAGCUAAAGCUGGCCAAGCUUGAGCUUAACACACCAGUCCAAAGUGAUGGCUACCUCCUUGGCCUUCAGACAAAGAUGCCACACGUGGGCCGCCCAAACCUUUGCGGUCAGUUUGCCCAGUGGUCCAGCUUGGAAGACUUUCGCACAGUCCAUGGCAAAGAACCUCAUGUUUUGCGACAGCUGCAGAACAAGGUGAAAGUUUGCCCAGCCUGCCAGAAAAGCUGUGCACACACCAUGCCGCAGUGCAACAACUGUUCGUUCCACUUGGCUGACACCAAUGUCACCGGAACAGACAAUGUCUUGAUGGCAUUCAUUUUCGGGAUCCAGAAGGGUCGCUUCCCUUUCACCAUUUCGAUAAGGGCCUGCAACGAGGAGGUCUUAGUCUUUGAUGAUCCUUUGUGCGUCUCAGUAUGUCAUUUGAACGUCGUCCCGACAGGAGUGUACAUCCCGGACCUCCGCUACCUCUUCAAAGACCCCUUGCGAGGCAGGCGAAUCGUGCAGAGGAUGCUAGAUGAAGUGGAUAAUGUUUGCCUUGAGCAGCACUGGUCUGAUGACUUGUUUCGAAAGACAUACUUCGCCAACAAAGGCAUCCCCGACUCUGCGACUUUGAAAUUCAUGGGCACAGCUGGCAUGAACUUCCCUCCAUCACAACAGCAGCUGCACCUCCAAUAUGUCCAUGGUCCCAUGCUGCCGUUUCAGUAUGCAGUCUUCAAGAAUGGGCUGCACUUACAGUAUCGGCGCUUCUUCCCUGUCCAGUUCCUCCUGGACACACUGGAUUUUGGUGAUGCGGUGCAGAUUGAUGUUGAGGAAGACACCGAGAUCGAUGAAAUUAUCCGUCAAGCAGCUGCUGUAGGUGUGGACUACGAUUCCUAUUGGAACAAUAUGUGCGCACAGGUCAACCGGAUUCAAAGCCAAUGCGCACCAUGGAAGGAAGAGGAUUUCCUUUACCGUGUUGUGGGCUCGAAGGCUUAUGAUAUCCAAACAGGACAAGAGAUGGUGGGCACGAAUAUCAAGGCGGUUCAAGCAGCUGAUGUGCAGAACAUCCAAAGCUAUGGAUGGUCCUCUGAUGAUGGGAGCCCCUCGAUGGGCUUCUACCCUUUUGCCAAAAGGGCUGCAGAGAUCGAAUCCUGGCAGUGA